AAAAUCGAAACUUAAAGGAUAUAGGCUAAUCUGUAACGAGGCGUGGAGGAAAGAGAAAAAAGAUCGUAAGAGCGUGUUGGCAAAGGUUGAUCUAAACGAUGAAAUGGCUCCUAAAUCGAAACGAAAAACACGGAACAAAUCAAACGGUGCAGAGCAAGAUUUCAAACGAGAAACGCUAUUACGUGAACUUAAGCUGAGCGCUUUGAAUACGGAACGUAAUCGACGUUACUGGAGAGAAAUGCUUACGCGUGUAAGAAUGCCGGAUAUCUCAAAAAAGAUAGACAUAACUUGGCAAAUUCUAGAACACGCCUUUGACUUCAAGGACUACAGCAUAGGCUUAUUAUUGGAUAGUCUGCAAGAAGCUGAAGAUCAACGACGAACGGCAAACGGUGCUCACGUAGAGAUAAUCGAUCGAUCGUUAAAAAUACACGAAACUCGACUAACAGAUGCCGACACGCUCUUCUAUGGAAAUGUGAAAACGGCGUUAGCCGAUAAAACCUUUCAGUUUGAAAAUAUCAAUUAUUAUCGAAAUAAAAAAGAAACUGCUUUACGAAAAAUUAACUUGUUCUUAAAUCAUCGAGGUGAAAAUGCAACGAAUGUCGCGAAAAGUACUGCCAUUAGUAAGAUAUAUUUCCUACUAACGUUUUCCAUGCUUGCAGAAUCAUAUAUCAUUCUCACACGAUUAUCUCUCUCUUGAUUACUAAAAAGGUACCGUAUUACUUUCGGGACAACGAUUUCAGACAU